AAAUGUUCAGCAGGUUUACUAUACGCGGACGCUGAUUCCCGGGCAUGUGGCCUUCAAACAACCAAGAUGUCCUUCAGAUUGAUGUAUCGGUUUGUCCUUUUUUAGCGAUUGGAUAUUUCAAAAGUCGCUUCAUUCCAAGACCCCAAAAUAAAUGUCUCUGGGAAAGGGGGGGGGGAGUCCAGUGCUGAGAUUUUGCUUGUGACAAACUGUCAAGUGGACUUGCAUGCUGCUCCUGUUUCCCAGGGGAGCUGUGGUCUCACUCCGCCUCCCUGCCAUCGCUGACAAUAUUCCCUCCUCAUGGACGCGACGCUUCACUCGGACUUCUGACUCUGCUCAAUCUCGGCCAGACUCUGAAGUGGAAAAAGAAAAGGUCUUGCCAUGUAUUUGGAAGAAAUAGAGCAGAGUGAAGAAGGUCCACUACUGACCGACGCCUUGCUUACGGAGAAAAGCCAGGUUGACGACGCAAGUGCAUCACUUGACGGUAAUGUCCUUGCAGAACUUUCAGAACGGUGUGUUGCCGGUCGAGAAAUCGACAAUUCUGGACAUUGUAACAACCGCGAAGGUUUUCCAGAUUGCAAUGGCGACUCUGACAGAUCUGACCGGUAUUCCGGAACUGACAGCAUAGUGGAAUGCGUCACAAUCCGUGAUAAGACUUUGAGGUUUAGAGAGACAUUAGAUAGAAGCCACGCGAGAACUUUUAUGGCCUCUGAACCUUGCCUUGAGUCGAAGCCAGAAACGUUGAACGGUGAGACAGACGAUGCUGUCGAGUCGGGGGAUGAAUCGGACUGCGAUACGGAACUCCGUGACGGUUACGUCCAAAACGAAAGCACGGUGGCAGAUGACGAGGAUGAGUGGGGCUAUUUGUCAGAUGACAGCCAUGAAAGAAGUAGUGAUGAUGAGCUGUGUGAAGACAUCCACUGCUUGCAUCCAAGAGCACUUGGCAUAGGUGACUUGAGCAAAAGUGAGGGAUUUCUCUCGGCGACAGAUGGCUUGAACCAAAAUGAGACAAGGCAGGUAUCGGAGCAAAACUACUCCGACAAGAUCUACUCGGUGGAAGACGAUGGCUCUUCUUCUGAUAGUAAGUCCUUUAAGACUUGUCCAGAAUACUCCGAAAACAGCUUGACUUCAUCUGAAUCCGAAUCUGAAAGAGAAGCUCUAGAAGAUUGGAACGAUGAGCCGACCCAGUGGGAAUCAUUUGAGGAUGAUGAAGAACAUUGCAACGUCUCGGAGAGUGUUCGGGUUCAAAAUGAAACGUCUCAUUUUGCCCUCGAAGAUUACUUUGAUUUAUUUGAUAGGGCUGACUGUGGUGUGCCAAAUUUAACACAAUCGCUGUGUUACAUCUCUUGCUUUGACGGAGGAGACGUUUAUGACUGCCUGUAUGGUGACCAACUGCACUCUUCAGAAAAAACAUGUGAAGACAUUUCUAGUUUGGGAGGUGAAUCAGAGGCUCAAUCAAAAGACCGUGAGGUGCAGGGUGACCCCCAUCACGUCCGUGAGGAUUCGGAUGUGAAAACCCGUCAUGUUGCAGAAUCUGAUGUUCCAAACGUAUCUGAUGCUACUUUGAGAGACGCAAACAAAGACCUGAAAGAGAACGUCUGGGCUUUUUCGGAGGACUCAUAUUGGUCGCUUAUGGAACACGAGCGAGAGACUCUUGACUUGGUCCAGGAAUAUUACAAAUCAUUGAAGCCGAAUGCGAGAGGAGAAAGCUUGGGCUCAAGGGAAGAUUGCGGCUCCGUUGAAAUUACAAGAGAAGUACGGGCAGAUAUCAUUCACAGCGUCGUCUCAGAGUACGACAAGACUGAAGAAGGGGAUCCCGAGCAGAAGCAGAGUAGAAGAACCGACGACUCGGAGGAUGAGGAUUACGACGAGGACCCCAAUGAACUUUGCGACUGCGAGUACUGCAUACCACCAGAUGCACAGGUACGGACAAAAGCGCUGCUCCCACAAUUGGAAUCUGACGAUACGGGCAAGAUCUGCAUGGUCAUUGACUUGGACGAAACCUUAGUGCACAGCUCCUUCACGCCAGUGAACCAUGCUGACUUCAUCACGCCGGUGGACAUUGAUGGAACGAUUCACCAGGUUUAUGUCUCAAAGAGACCCCACGUGGACGAAUUCCUGCGGCGGAUGGGAGAGAUGUUUGAAUGUGUUUUAUUCACGGCGAGCCUCUCCAAGUAUGCGGAUCCCGUGUCGGACGCAUUGGACAAAUGGGGAGCUUUCCGAAGCCGGCUCUUCAGGGAGGCGUGCGUCUUCCACAAAGGCAAUUACGUGAAAGACUUGAGCCAUUUAGGGAGGGACCUCAACAAAGUCAUCAUCAUCGACAACUCGCCGGCCUCGUACACCUUCCAGCCGGACAACGCGGUUCCCGUGGUCUCCUGGUUCGACGACAUGUCGGAUAGCGAGCUCCUGGACCUGAUCCCCUUCUUCGAAAGGCUCAGCAACGUGGACGACAUUUACGACGUCCUCAAGGAGCAGCGCUCUCUAGGAUGAACGCAAUCGGCGGCCACAUCGGCGUUGGUUGGCGCUUUCUGCCGUGGUCUCGAUCGGCCACAUCCGCUGUGGGAAUCGCUAUUAGACUGAGAACCCCAAAAGCACAAGUUGGACCAUCUACGUUGGGGCCAAGUGGACCAGCCAUGGCGGGAUGUGACAUUUGAAAGAGGACGUGGUGUCGGAUGUGUUCUGCAAGAUACGUUUCUCCGAUUUUGAGGGCCAUUUGCAGUGAAGCUCAUCGUGGAACUGCAUACAAAAAAUAAAUCUGGCCUUUUAUAAAGUAGACAAACCUGUGGAUAUAGUAAACAGCUAAAGACUACCUGAGAUAGUUAGUAUCAGAGCAGCAGAUGUGGAUUUAACCCAGGCAGAACGACGACGUUACUUUGCAGUCCUUGUUCGUGUUUUGACGAUCGUCACGUGAAAGUGACAAUUAAAACCAAUGAUUUGCAUAAA